CAAAAUACAGUCCAUGCCCAGGUACAGACGGGAUAAAUACUUCCCCUCGCUGCGGAUUUGAUGAAAGUUUGGGCGGAGGGACAGGGACAGGGGAUGGUCUCGUCCUAGAGUCAGCCCGGUUGCAGUGCGUGGGUGUCGAGCCUGAGCUGUCGCUAGAUGGCGCUCUCUUCAGGUUAUUUUUCACUCCGACCACUUGGCGAGGAGACGGAGAAUGGCCGGGGACCAGAGGGAGGAGGGGUGGUAUCCUUACAACAGGUUAUUAUUAGUGAUGCUGUCUCCCCAGAGCCGCCCUACAAAUAAUAGUGCCGGAGGCUGUGCACAUGGACAGGUCGGAGAGGUGACGUGAACGGAGGGGCGCUGAAUAUUUCGGUGGCCCACCCAGCAAUGACAGAGGACUUCUAUAUAAAGAUAGUGCACGGGUUGACAGGAGAGAGCGCAAACGCAAGUGUGCACUCAAAAUAAGUCUGCAGCAAGGACGUUUGCGGAGACUCGAUGGGGCUUGAAGGGAGUGAACUUCGCGAACUUUGAAGGAACCAGCGAGAGGAAUGGGGAUGAUCGGUCAGCCGUCUCGGAGAGACUCUCAGUCAGCUUGGCCCAAGGCACGCUGAAGGGACUCAUUUCAUCCACUGAAGGUCGGAGGUUGAAUGCAAAGCGGCGGAGAUGUCGGAAGAUGGGAACUGUUCGGAGUUGAUCUCCUGGGCAUCCGAGCGUACUCCUUCGGCCGGGGUUGGAGUCACAACGGCGCUGGCCGCGGUCCUGAUCUUCACCAUCGUGGUGGACAUCCUAGGGAAUGUACUGGUCAUCAUCGCGGUCUUCAGGAACAGGAAACUGAGGAACCCUGGUAAUAUCUUUGUCGUCAGCCUUUCAGUCGCCGAUUUGGUUGUGGCAGUUUACCCCUACCCUCUGAUUUUAUUUGCCAUCUUCCAAAAUGGAUGGACGUUGGGUGAUAUUCACUGCCAGGUUAGUGGAUUCCUGAUGGGUUUAAGUGUGAUCGGAUCCGUUUUCAACAUCACUGCGAUCGCAAUCAACAGGUACUGUUACAUCUGCCAUAGCUUCAGGUACGAGAAGCUAUUCAGCUACAAGCACACAAUCUGCUACCUGUGUCUGACCUGGAUCUUAACAGUUAUCGCGAUCAUACCAAACUUCUUUGUGAACUCUUUGAAGUACGAUCCUCGUGUGUUCUCCUGUACAUUUACACAAACCGUAAGCUCUUACUACACAAUUGCUGUGGUCGUGGUACACUUCCUAGUCCCCAUCGGCGUGGUGACCUACUGCUAUCUGCGAAUCUGGAUCCUGGUCAUCCAGGUCAAACGACGAGUCAGACCCGAAGAACCAAAGUUGAAGUCCAGUGACUUCAGAAAUUUCCUCACCAUGUUUGUGGUCUUCGUGUUGUUCGCUGUUUGUUGGGGCCCUCUGAACUUCAUCGGCUUAGCUGUGGCCAUUAACCCUCCAGCGGUCGCACACAAAAUCCCAGAGUGGCUGUUCAUCACGAGCUACUUCAUGGCGUACUUCAACAGCUGCCUUAAUGCAGUCAUCUAUGGACUUCUCAAUCAGAACUUCCGAAAAGAGUACAAGAGAAUACUUCUGUCACUAUGGUCUCCCAGAUUGUUCUUUAGUGACCUGUCAAAAAUAGGGACAGAUGCAGUGAGGAGCAAGCCUUCUCCAGCACCAACCAAUAACAAUGUAGCAGAAGAAAAUGUGAAUCGGAUGGCAGAGGGGAAGAAGCUGUUCCUGAAUCACUGAGUGUGUGCCUUCAGGCUUCUG